AUGUCAAACAAACAUUUCUUACCUAAAGAUAUCGGGAAACUAGUUCCUAACUGCUUAAAAGCCAUCACUUAUGAACAUGAGUUCCUUUCACUUUUGGAAAAAGAACAAGUUAUUUAUAACAAUAAUUUUGAUCGGUCCAAGGUUGCAUUAGUUAGUGGAGGUGGAUCAGGGCACGAGCCAGGAUUUUAUGGAUUGGUUGGUGAUGGCAUGCUUUCUGCUGUUGCUCAAGGAAAUGUUUUUGCAUCUCCAAAUUACAAGAAUGUUAAGGCUGCCGAAAAAGUUUGUCAUGAACUUGGUGCUCCUGAACAAGAAUGGGCUGGUUGUAUUUUCAUCUUGACAAACUACACUGGUGAUACCCUUUAUUUUGGAAUGGCUGCUCAGGACUUGAUUGCAAGGUAUGGUCCAGAGAAAAUCCGUGUUCUUAGGGUAACUGAUGAUGUCAGUAUUAAAAAAGAUAGCAAUCCUUUGGUGGGAAGACGUACCUUAGCUGGGAUUUCAAUUGUUUCGAAGGUGAUGGGUGCUGCUUCUGAAUCUGGCUAUAGCAUCGAUGAAGUUUAUGAGCUUGGAAAGGCAGUAAAUGAUGCAACUGCUUCUAUUAAUGCUGGUUUAGAUCACGUCCAUAUUCCUGGAUAUGAUAUGGAUUUUGAUUUUGGCAAGCUUGGCCAAACACAGUUGGAAAUUGGUCUUGGUAUCCAUAAUGAACCAGGAGUUCAGAAAUUGAAUUAUAUUCCAACAAAUGAGGAAUUGGUAUCCACCUUAUUGGACAUGAUUUUGAAUGAUGAGAGUCGUGGCUAUUUCAGACAUUCAGAAGGUGAUCAGAUUGUUUUGUUGAUAAACAAUCUUGGAGGUGUUUCUAUUAUUGAAGAAAAGAAUGUUUUAUUCGAAACAUUGGAAGCUUUGAAAGAAUUAUACAUUGUGCCAACUAGAGUGUACACAGGUAAUUUUGUUGGCUCAUUCAAUGCUCAAAUAUUCACAAUCACCCUCUUCAAUGCCACUACUGCUGCAACCAAGGCAUUUUCAACUGAAGAGAUAUUUAAGUUACUUGAUGCAAAUACAAAUGCUAUUUGUUGGCCAAAUUCUAAAUUCGCUACUAAUAAACCUAUUCAAAAUAACAGAAUCAUUCAAAACUUUAUUCAUUAUGAUGACGAAAUGUCUACCCAUACAGGUACACCUGAUGUAUUUCAUAUUGAUCCUAAGAAGUUGGAAGCUAUUGUUCGUACUGCUUCAGAAAGAAUUAUAGCCAAGGAGCCAGAAUUGACUGAAUGGGAUACUAAAAUGGGUGAUGGUGAUUGCGGUAUGGGUCUAAGAAAAGGUGCUGAGUUAAUUUUAAAGAAGUUGAAUGAAGAAAACAUAGCUGAAUCUGGUUCUAUUUUAAAAGUUUUGCACAUUGUCUUGAAUAUUAUCAAGGAUUACAUGGGUGGGACUCUAGGUGCUAUUAUUUCCAUUUUUAUGAGAUCAGUGGUAAAUAAGGUAGAAGAAGAAUUGAAUCAAGACCCAUCCAGAGAGAUUUCUGUGAUUUUUGCAGCUGCUUUAAGAUUUGGGCUUGAAAAUUUAUACAGUUAUACCAAGGCAAGAGAAGGUCAUAGAACUGUCAUGGAUGUGUUAAUCCCUUUUGUUGAAAGCUUUAGCAAAACUAUGAAUAUAGAAAAAGCAGUAGAAGUUGCAUUUGAGGCUGCUGAGGGUACGAGAAAAUUAAGACCUAAGCUUGGUCGUGCUACUUAUAUUGGUGGAUUAGAUAGUAACAAUGAUCUCCCACCUGAUCCUGGUGCUUAUGGUGUUUAUGAGGCUAUUUCAGCCCUUGCUUUAUAGU